CACAUCUCAUCUUCCAUCACAACAAUCUCACAACCCAUUUGCACACAACCCAAAUUUCAAACUAAAACUUCUUCACCUGAAACUACAUACCCAAUGGCAUCUCAAAUUGAGAGCCACCGUGCCAGCGCGGAGAUCGUCAAUGGAGAUGCCAUCUGCAGGAAGAAGUCCAUUGAGCUGCUGGAAGAACUUGGCCUCCCCAAGGGCCUCCUGCCAUUGGAGGACAUCGAGGAGUUCGGCUACAACAGGGACACUGGAUUCAUGUGGAUGGUGCAGAGGAAGAAGAAGAUCGAGCACACCUUCAAGAAGAUCAAGCAGACCGUUUCCUACGCCGGCGAGGUCACGGCGUUCGUCGAGAAGGGGAAGCUGAAGAAGAUCACCGGCGUGAAGACCAAGGAGCUGCUGCUCUGGCUCAGCGUCGUCGAGGUGUACGUCGCCGAGGCCUCGCCGGAGAAGGUCACCUUCAAGACUGGAACCGGGCUCUCUGAUAACUUCGAUGCCACUGCUUUUGCUCUCGGGGAGUAGAAAUUAUGAAAGACCAUAAUCUCAACUGUGUAAAAGGAUUAAAGCCACUAUCUUAGGUCACCAUGUACUUACUAUUAUCUCUUUUGUAUUACAAACAUUCGAGUAUAGUCCUAUAUAUAUUUGUUCCCUUUCAUCAUAAAGAGAAAAGAAAAAAAACAGUGACUAA